UGGGACGUGCUGCUGGUGGCCUCGGAGCAGCAAGGGGGCAGCGCCCCGCCGAAAAGAUACAGCUUGGCAGUAGGCCCCCCUAAAAAGGUUCCAAAAGUCAAGGGUGUUGAGUCUGCAGCAGUACAAGCUUUUCUCAGACGGAAAGAAGAAGAAAAGAAGAAAAAAGAACGAGAGGAAAAAAAAAGGAAAGAAGAACUCUUAGCUAAACGGGUUGAAUUGAAACAUGACAGAAAAGCAAGAGCAAUGGCUUCACGAACGAAGGACAACUUUUAUGGUUAUAAUGGCAUCCCAAUUGAGGAGAAGCCUAGAAAGAGGCGGACUUCUGAAAAUGUCAGCCGAGGGACGGAUGCAGAAUAUACCACAGGAGAUGAAACUGAGCAGUUUGAAUACAGUCAAACUGAAUCUGAGCAUGAACCUGAGGAGUAUGAAGAGAAACCAUCCAAAGCUACAGCGAAACCAAAGGCCCCUCCCAAAAGUGCAGCGGCCCCAAUGAACUUCACUGAUCUUCUCAGGCUGGCUGAGAAAAAACAGUACGAACCAGUGGAAAUAAAAGUAGUGAAAAAGAUAGAAGAACGGCCCAGGACAGCAGAGGAAUUGCGAGAGAGGGAAUUUUUGGAACGCAAAAACAAAAAAGGGGAAAUGCUAAAAGAAAAAAAGAAACCUGAAAAAGAGAUUAAGAAUAUAGCAGCUUCAGGUUCUUCAAAAAAAGUGUGCUCUCAGAAAGAGCUCGUGAAUGCAAAACUUAGCAAAGCUUCAGCAGAUAAACAUUCCUCUUCAAAAGGCAGUUUUUCUUCCAUAAGUUGUUCAGAUAAAAAAUCCAAAGCACCAGCAUUUACUGAAAAGCACUCCAGGCUGUCAUCAUCUUCUAAAUACAGUCAAAUGGAAAAAGCAAAACCUGCACAAAAUGGAUCUUUGAAAAGCUCAUCUAGUUUUAGCCAUAGUAAACCUCCAGUCAAUGGAAUAGGGAAAUCUGGGUCAAGCUCUCAUGCAUUCAUCUCAAAAGCAACUGCCAAUGGGACUCAGAAACUGCUGCCAGCUAAAGAGCCUAGUGUGAAAAAAUCUGCUUCUGCCCAUACAAAACAAGGAGUUGCAGCACCUUCUCAGCAUGAAGCCAGCUCUAGUGCAAAGCGGCCAGGCAGCAGUUCAGGAUCUGGAGGAACUGGGCGUCCAAGCAGUAGCUCAGGCAUGGGACCUGCACGAUCAGGUGGUAGUUCAGUCCCUGUCCAUCCAAGCAGCAGUUUGAGCAUGGGACUUGGGCGGUCUGGUGGCAGUGCUAGCAUGGGACCUGGAAGGCCAGGCAGCAGCUCAAGCACAGGACUUGGAAAGCCAGGUGUCAGUUCAAGCACAGGACCUGGGAGACCGGACAGUGGCUCGGGCUUAGGACUUGGAAAACCAGGUGUCAGUUCAAGCACAGGACCUGGGCGACCAGGCAUUAGUUCAGGCACAACGUCUGGAAGGCCUAGUGGUUCAAGCAUGGGACAUGGGCGACCAGGCAGUGGCCUGGGCACCGGACCAGGAAGGCCAGGCAGUGGUUCAAGCGUGGGACCUGGGCGACCAGGCAGCAGCUCGGGCAUCACUUCGAAACUGAAGUGCACUGUUGUAUCAGAAACAAUUUCAUCUAAAAAUCUAAUCACAAGACCAAGCAAUGGACAGCUGAAUGGAAUGAGACCUCUCCCAGGGCACAGACCACCAGGAUUUCCUCCACAAGGUCUUCCGAGGCCUUCUCUUCCACCAAUAAGUUAUAAAAGGCAAAUAUGUGAUGAAGAAGAUGACUCUGAUUCUGAAAUGGAUGAUUUCAUCGAAGAUGAAGGGGACUCCCAGGAAGAAAUUUCAAAACAUAUUCGAGAAAUAUUUGGAUAUGAUCGGAAAAGAUACAAGGAUGAAAGUGAUUAUGCCUUGCGUUACAUGGAGAGCAGCUGGAAAGAGCAACAGAAAGAAGAAGCCAGGAGCUUGAGACUUGGGGUACAAGAGGACCUGGAAGAAAUGAAACGAGAAGAGGAGGAAUGGAAACGCAAGAAGCAGGCAAAGAAACUGAAGACACACUGAGUGGCAGUAGUUUUGUCCUCUUUUCCUACUUCCUUUGCCACCACUUUGCCUCCAUUUUUCAGCUCCUCUUAUAAUUUUACUUCCGUUUUUCUUUGCUUACUAGAAGGUAUGAGAGUAUGUAAAGGGAAGAGAGAGUACUGAAAAGCAAGGCUUUAGUUUGACCUAAAGGAGAUAUUUAUUUUUAAUACUUGCCAGGGUUAAUUUUUUUACAAAGAAAGUAAUGCACUAGCACAGAUUAUUAGAUGGAAUAAAAAUGUAAUGAAUGUUUCCAUUGAUUAAACCAAUUUUCAACAUGCCAGCAGAAAUAUUAACUAGCUAUGCACUGGCUUGCAAUCAUGUGGGCCCACAUACCCAUAAACCUGUUUUUCAUUUUAGUUAGAAAAAAAAUGUAAAUGACAUUCGUGUUCCUUAGUUAUUUUGAGAGAGAAGAAUAUGGCUUUAUGUAUCUUGAGUCUCUUGAGUUAAGAUCCUUCAAAAUAUGGAAAUGUCAUCUUCUGUACAGAAAAAGCUUGGAUGUAAAUUUCAGCCAUUGCCACAGAUGCCUAUAGCAAUAAUGUGAUCUGUACUAUAUAUUCUUCUGAUUCGAGAAUUUUGUCUCUUAAUAAAAAUAGUACUCAAAAAAAAAAUUAAAAAAAAUUCACAGUUCCUUGCAGUUAAAAUGUGACCAAAAGAUUACAUUGGCAUCUGCUAUGUCUGGAAUUUCAAUACCGGUUUAUUUCAGGAAGUCAAAUAAAGAGCAUUUAUUCUGAAAAAUAGGAAUUUGCUGUUUGUAUGAACUUGUGCUUUUGGGCUCAAGCAUAUACUUAGCAACUUUUUUCUGCCCUUUAAAGCUUAAAAUUUGUUUAACAAUUUUCUUCUGUUCUUAUACUUUGAGUACAGUGCAAAUAUUUUUUUCUUGCGUUAAAAACUAGGUGAUUUUUUUUUUUAAUGAUUUUAAGCUAUGAAGAGUUGCUUAUGCAAGCAGUUCCAAAGUCUGGCUGAGUACAUCAGAAUUAGGUACAGCAUUCUCAAAAGUGCUUGUUAGGAUCAAGCAAAAAUGCAUUUACACUUCCUCAGUGAUGUUAAUACCUUUGUAGCUAUCAUCACAAUUUCCAUUUCAUAGAGGGAAUACUUCUAAUUUUUUCAGCAAACCAAAAAACUAAGUGUAAUGUGUAUCAAGAGAGUUCACCUCCUUAAUUUGGUGCCAACAUUGCACAUUUAUUUCAAGCUAUGCACUGUAAACAAAAACAAAAAAAAACAAAACAAAAAAAAAAGUGUUUCCCUUCAAUAAUUGAGCAUAUUAAUAAUCAGCACAGGGUUCACAUAAGUGUACAGCAAUUGCACUCUGGGUAUGCAGCCCCAGUCUGAUGAUGUAUCUAUUUUUUUUAAUCCCCCCCCCACAAAGCCUUUUGAAGUUGGUGUAUCCAAGAUAACCAGUAUCACUGUUCAACUCUAAUUCAGGCCCAUGCUGCCGCUAGAAAUUCUUCUAGCAUUAAAUACUUGAAUCAUUGCUAAUGUCUAAUGUUAGAAGCAUUUGUCAAAAGUGUUACAAGGGUUUGAAGGCAGAGGUAUGUGGAAGAGAGUGGCCAAAGAAAUAAGGAAGAGAUGGAGGAAAUGAAAUUCUGUACAAAAGUGAGUAUGGACACAAUGAAAAAAACUUUUCUUAUUGGAGAGCAUUUGUUGUCAGUGCUGCCUCCAGGGACACCAAUUCAGACACUAAGAGGAAAGGAGCAAUUUUGGGAGCAGAUGGGGUUUAAGCACCUGACUCUUAAUGGAAGGAAAAAUAGGGUGUGUCCCUGGCCUAAACCAUUUUUUGUCAGUCGUGUAGCAUUUUACCUUCUCAGCAUAUUGGGGGCUACAGAUUAGUGCAGUAUUAGUAGAUGAGGACACCCAUCUGAUGGUAGCCAGCACUGUUCCUGUAUAUUUUUGAAAAAAAAUGUGUAUAUUCAUCAACACCCAAGAAACCGAUUCUUAUAUAAACAUUUGAGGUCAUACAACAUACUGUAAUCUCAUUGCUUGCGUACUUAAAAUGUCUCUGUAUAUUUGCUCUGCUUAAUGGGACCAGCUGAAAUUGAUUAUGCUGUAGUUCCUAGAAUUAUCCACUCAAGACUAUGACUGUUGGGACCAUGACUAAGUGGCUGUUCAUUUUAUUUUUUAACUGAAGAGAAUGUGUGGAUCUUUGUCAGCUGAGAUAUCUGUAUUAGCCAGGAAAACAAGCAUCUGAAUUGUUGAAAAUACUGACUGUUCUGAAAUGCAAGAACUGUAUUUGUGGUUUGAUCCAUUGAAAUUUAAAAACAUGUAUGUUGCAAAGUGACAUUAAGGCUGAUUCAGUUUGGAGCAUUUCAGAUGAACACGGGUGAAAUAAAGUCCUGAUUAUCAUUUAUUAACCUA